AUGUUCUCUAACGAGGUUGGUUGCACGCCUUCGAACAUUCUCAAGGAUGCUGAAGUCUUUAGCGGUCGACGCUUAAAUAGCAAACUUCAACUUUGGCCGCACAAACGUCUGAAAGACUUCAGCGACGCAUUCCUCAUCGAAAGUAUAGAAAGACCGCUUGAAAGGUACUGGGCUGAAGUCGAAGCCACUUCCUAAAAACAGAAACUAAUAUAUGAUUGUUACCCGGCAAAAUCGAUCGUUAGGGUAAAUUUGUCAGACGGUUCAGGAUAAAUGAACGCCAAUCGCUGAUCGAUAACAGUAGGAUAAAAAGAAUACUGAGGUUCCUUAAUCAUUUUAAUGGAGCGGAAUAUUCAACAGCGCUCUAUGUCACACACGCCACACUUCAAGUGUACAUUGUCAUACCUUCCUGGUAACCUUUUUUUCUUGUUUUUAUGCUUUAGGUCUGCCCCCUUUGACUAUAACUCCGACAAGAGUCUGGUAGCAUCUCAAUUGCGCCCAUCUGCGCUUCGUGAGUUUCAUUAUCAAUAAUAAAUAAACUCUCAUCCUCGCUCCCCACGUUCUACGUCAGUGUGUGUGUUGUGAACUGAUUGUCCCCAUCUUAUCUGAAGUAUUAUAAAUUGGGUGGCAGCGAUGUCCGGAUCGAAAGCUCCCGUCCGGGAACCCACGCCAACUCCUGGCUCACCCCCAAAAAUCACAACGGCGUGCCCUCCUUCGCCCUUCGCCCCUCUUGAAACCUAUUCUAGCCUUACCCCAUACUUCAAAAACAUACAACACCGCCCUCGGCAAAAGCCUGUCCUAUCCCCUCCACCAACUCAACUGUACCCGACAUCCACCACACCAGCCUUCACUCCCCAGUCAAUACAACCCCCGAUCCUACGUCAAGGCGACAACCUGGCCCAAUGGAUCUCUUUAGUAGAGCCUUACUUAGAGUUGCUCCCCGAAAACUUCAGGAAGACCACACUUAAAUCUCUUCUCGAUCCCGAACUUGUAUACAAGGUAGAUGGGCUGGCUACCUCUCCUUUCUGCUCAUUCGAGGAAUACUUCGGAGCCCUUUAACAGAUUUUCCAUUCAGAGUCCAGCCAGGCCGCGGAACAACAGCGGUUCUUCAAUAAAACCCGGCGGGAAGGUGAGACCCUGCUGAAUCUUUAUAUAGAAUUCAAACACCUCUCGUUUCGCGCCUUUCCACAUCACGGCAAUGAAGAUCUAACGUUUUGUCGCAUGAUGUCGGGCAUACGCGACCGUGAACUACUGUUAAUCUUCACCAGCUGUCCACCGGCCAACGUCAAGGAGGCUCUUGACUUGGAAUCGGCGCGCCGCACCCAAUUCCCCUUGGCGCAGGAACCUCAAGCCACCAGAGAUCCAACUACUUGGGGUCAUCCACCCAACCUCCCAGGCCGGUUCACACUCUACCACACCAAUUUAAACCGACGUUUCCAAGCCCCCAGGCCCGCCAUACAGCAAGCACUGUUACUACUGCGACCGCUUCGGCACAGCUGCCAAGAAAUGCGGACACAACUCAGGUAACCAGCCCUUUCCCCUAGCCGCUUUAUACACCCUUCCCUCUGAUUUUAAGCCAUUGACAAUCUCGGGCACAGUGGCCAAUAAGAGAGUCAGCAUCCUUAUAGACACGGGUGCAGCUGUCUCCCUGAUUCACGGUAACCUCCUCCACGGAACAAACUACAUCCAGUCGGCAUUCCCGCAGCUACAGAUUCUCACCGCUAACAAUACCACCCUCCAGUUUAGCGGCUCCGCCACAGUGCCAGUCUCCAUCAAAGACACGACUAUCCGACAUUGCUUCCUCGUCUCUUCUGAACUGAAAUGGAAUGUCAUACUCGGCUGUGAUUUUCUAAAACGACAUGCCCAGGCCAUUACCCUCUUCCCCACUUCUCAGUCUUUGAUCCUCAAAGACGACGAGGUAACCGUGGCCGUAAACAGUGCCGAAAUCGAUACACGACCACCCCUCGACCCUUCCUCCAUCGAAGAUAUCCUACCGGAUAACAUUUCGGCAGACGAUCGCGGCGCCCUAUACCACGCGUUGGCACCGUUCACAUCCGUGUUCACAUGGGCAGACCAGGCUAUCGGACGGUGCAACGUAGUCCAACACCGGAUAAACACCACAUCCGUCCCUCCACAGCACCUCCCUCCCCGACGGAUACCCUUCCACUUUCGGGAAGAACUAGAUAAGAUGGUAGAAAACAUGCUCCAACAAGGCAUCAUUCAACCUUUCUCCUCCCCGUGUGCAGCGCCGGUAACGCUGGUUAAAAAGAAGGACAAUUCCCUUCGUCUCUGUGUUGACUACAGACGCCUCAACGCGGUCACGGUAAGAGAUGCCUUUCCUCUUCCCCGUAUGGACGACCUCGUAGCUUCUAUGGCAGGGAAGAAAUUCUUCUCCAACCUUGACCUCUCCUCAAGCUACUGGCAAAUCGAAGUACACCCAGAAGAUCGCGCAAAAACCGCCUUUUCCCUGCCCUCGGGACUCUUCGAGUUCACCACACUACCUAUUGGCCUAGCCAAUGCAGCGGCGACCUGCCAACGCCUCAUGCAGAAAUUACUGAAAAACCUUUGUCCAUCGAAGUGCCUUGUUUACCUAGACGACGUUAUAGUGUGGGGCACCACGAUAUGA